AUGUCCAGGAGAGAAGUUAAACUAAAGAUAAACAUGGAAGGAGUAUUGAAUGCAUGCAAAUCUAUUGAUAAAAAAUGUGUUGAAGAUGUAUAUACUAUGUAUAGCUAUAAUACUCCACUAAGUUUUGUGAAAAAAUUGAAAGUUAUACUCAGUGAUAAUAUAAAAAUAGAAAGUGAGUACAGCGAAGAAGAAAACAAAGCUGUUUUUGAUAUAAUUAUAAAUGACAUAUGCCAGUAUCUUAUAAAUGCUGCAUGUGGACUGGGAGAAAUUACAUAUAAGUUAUGUGGUGCAUUAAAGUAUAAUAAUGAUAAAAUAUCAAAAAACAUGAUUGCUAUAAUAGCAAAUAAACUCAUAAAACCCAAUCCACUUAUAUACAGGCCAGAGCAUGGAAUAAAUAUACAGUUUGACAAGAAUAAGCCUCUAGAAAAUAUAGAUUCAGAUGACGAGAAUGCAGACCUGAGUACCAGAACAUGCACAAUAGAGGUUGACAGCACAGGCUUUUCUAGCAUGGAAAGUUUUCUACAGGCCUCUACAGAGAGACUGGAUGCAUAUAAUCUCUAUUAUUUUUCUGCUUUAGAUGACUUAAAAUCCAUAGAAGAUUUUGAGGACUUAUUAAUAGAGAAACACUAUACUGUAAAUGAUCUAUAUGAUAAAACAUAUAAAAAUACGGAUGUUCUAUUAAUAGACUAUGGAAUGAGGCUUAUUUGUGAAAAACAGAAAGAAAUUGAAGAGUUGAACAAGCUAAUCGAAGAGAUAGAGUGUGCUUCUGAUGAUAAGAAAAAGGAUAGUUUGGUUUUGCAAAUUUAUAAGUUGUUUAGCCGAGAAGACUUAGAAAUAAUAUAUUCUAUUAUAAAUAACCUACUAGACAUUCAAUAUGAAAAAUUAGUGCAAAUUAACGCAGUUGAGAUGGUCGAAUAUAUGAUAAACAAUAAUAUACUUCUAGAAGAAAAAGAUGGAGAAAAGAUUUUAAACAUAGGCACAAAUUUAUAUGAUUUUUACAAAAACUACACAAAUUCUCAUAUAUAUUUUAGAAAAUUAUCAGAAAAGAAAGGAAAUAAGGCAAGGGAGGAAAAAGAGUUAUGUCUACAAGAGUUGGAAGAUGAGAAAGCGCUUUAUUCUCAGCUAAAAGAAGAAGAGACAGAGGAGAUGGAAAGAGUAAAAUGUGCUAUCAAUAAUAUUGAAAAUGAGAUAUACCUGCUAGAGUGUGAUGGUAGCAAGGAAUAUAUAGGAAAAAAUAUUUUUGCAGGUAUGCUUCAAAACAGCGAGUAUUUCUCAAGUAAUUUAUAUACUGAGCAAAUAAAAUAUAUAUUCAAGAAAAUUAAAGCAUUUGCAAAUGCACAGAAAAUAAAAAUAGGAGAAGCAGUGAAAUUGCAUAAAAGAAAUAAAGAAUUAAAAAAGCUAAAAGAAAAAGAAGCUAAAGAAACAGAGAAGGAGAAAGAGAGAGUAGAAGCAGAAGCAGAGCCUAAGUCCUUAUUUAGAAGACUUAUUAGUGAAAAUGGCAAAGUUGCAACAAUAUUCACAGGCACUGUCGCUCUGGGUGUAGCAACAGCAGCAACGCUUAAUAACUACUAUUCAAAUGAGUCUGCACAAAAUUCAAGUUCAUCAGACUUUAAAACAGUAAGACCAGGAAAGCUGAAGAAUGAUUAG